AUGUCUAUUUUAAAAUUAAAAGAAAUAACCGAUGCAAAGAGUAAAUCACGUAAUCCAUUGAAUACAUCAACCACUAAAUUUGACGAGUAUCGUCCAACUGGUACAAAGAUUAAUAAGCAUAUUAUGGCUGCUGCAACUGCUUCUCUCAAGACACUACCUCCAAGACCACCAACAACAGCGACGACGGCAAAAGCUUCCAAUGUUAAACCAGAUUUUGACAAGAUUCAUCAAAAACAAUUCCAAAAAUUAGAAUCUAUUCAAGACUUUCAAUCAAAGAGAAAGGAUCUAUGGGCAAGUCUAGGUUUCACUACUAUUCCUCCAUUUGUAAAUAAUCAACAACAACAAGAAGAAGAGAUUCAACAACAACAACAACAACAACAACAACAACAACAACAACAACAACAACAACAACAACAAGAUGAAUCAAACAAGAAAUUGGAAGUGGAAGAUGAAGAUGAAGAAGAGGAAAAGAAUGAAAAUAAUAAUAGUUGUCAGAUGAUGGAUAGUAUUGAUGAAAAGGAUUGUUAUCGACAUCCAUCAUCUCAUCGUCCACAUAGACCAAUGUCUAUUAAAAUAGGUAUUGAUCAAGACUGUAGUGUUAGUAGUGAUAAUGACAGCCAUCACGAACCAAUGGAAAUUGAAGCAACCGAGAAAAUGAUAUCAUUAAAAAUACAAGAUACUCCACCAAAGAUCAGUAAAUCAUCCAACAUCAACAAAAUAAUGACACCAACUAAAACACCAACCAAGUCGUCAUUUAAUACGAAUAACAACUCAAGUCAAAGUCUUAGAAAGACACCAACUAAAACACCAACCAAGACACCUACAAAGACACCAACUAAAUUCACUUCAUCCACUUUACCAAGACCAACUAGUAGUCGACUACCAACAGGAACUACUCCAGUUAAAUCAGCAACUGCUCAUCUAACCAUGACACCAUCUAAACUAAAACAACCGAUUUCUUCUUUUUCAUCAACCUCGGCAUCCUCUGGGACUGCUACGACUGCUACGACCACUAAAAUAUUACCAACUCCAUCUUCACUUACCACUACUACUAAACUACCACCAACCAUUGCACCAAUGGUUGAUACCAAUACCGCUGCCACUAACAAUGUUGUGCCAACAUCAGCACCAACAUCAGUGGUUUCUGGAAUUCCAAAGUUUUCAGCAUCGACGGUUGCAUUAACCAAAUCACAAGAAACACCAAACAAAACAACAAAAUCUACUCCAUUUAAUUUAUCAUCUUCAUCAAGUAAGACUAUUAAACCAACAGCAACAACUACCACGGCAACUGCUACAACCACAACCACAACAACUAAACCGGUCAAAAAGAAUGCAACAGCUAAAAAAUCAAUAUCAUCAGCUAUCCUUAAACCAUUCCUAAGCUUUGCAAGAUCGAAAUCUAAAGAUACCGCUACAACUGAAGAACCAGCAGCAGUGGCAGCAACACCAACAAUAAUUACCCCACCAGCUCCAUCUACUUCCACUUCUUUAUUUUCGUCAUCAUCAACAACAUCAACUGCCAAUUCCAACUGUAAAAACUCUAAUCCAUUUUCAUUAUCUUCUUCAUCAUCAUCUAAAACCAAGAAAUCAACAGACUCUUCAUCAUUGUCAUCUUCAUCAUCAAUUUUAAAAAAUAAUAAUAAUACAGUAAAUAGUAGUAAUACCACCACGGCAGCUGCAGCUCCUUCAACAACAACAACCAAGAAAUCAUUCUUGUCUUCAACAUUAAAAUCAUCGUCUUCAUCUUCAUCUUCGUCGUCAUCAUCAUCAACUUUGACAUCUUCACAAAAGAAGAGUACUUUGAAACCAUGGAAAUAA